AAUGAGUGAUCCGAAACACAUGUUUUUCUAUACGGUGUGAAUAAAUCUUAAAACAAGGUGCCGAGAAAGGAAAAUAUAAUGGAUAUAGAAGAGUUAUUUGAGUGCUUUAAGGAGCAGCCGUCUCAAGGUAUACAGUUACCGUUACCAGUACCUUUUAAAAAGACAACAGGAAAGCAGACAGAGAAAACUGAGUCAGAUGACAACAAACAGCGAAAGGCGAUCAAACGCGAAUCUGCUGCAGCUAAUGCAGAUACCAGCGACAAGGAGCAAACUGAUGAAAAUGAUGUAAAGGAAGAGGAUACCAAGCGGCAGCGUGUCGAUGUAAAAGAAGUAGACGAAAUUGCUAAUGAUACCUCAGACAACGAGGUGAAAAAUGAAAAAGAGGACAAUGCAGAAGAGUUAGAUGACUGCGCAGUGGACGCCCUGCGCGUUCGUAUUGUUACCCAUCAGCUGGUGUCGCCCGAGUCCUGCACACACGAGGUGGCCGCCCAUCCUGACCAGGAGUAUAUUCCCUUGCAGCCGUUCACGGGCGUGCCUGCUAAGCAAUAUCCGUUCGUGCUGGAUCCCUUCCAAAAGCAGGCAAUUCUCUGCAUUGACAACUCGCAGAGCGUCCUGGUGUCGGCCCACACAUCGGCGGGCAAGACUGUGGUGGCGGAAUAUGCCAUUGCCAAGUCGUUGGCUGCCAAGCAGCGCGUCAUUUAUACCACUCCCAUUAAAGCGCUCUCCAAUCAGAAGUUUCGCGAGUUCACAGAUGAGUUUGAGGACGUUGGUCUGGUUACGGGCGAUGUUACCAUCAAUCCCUCCGCCUCCUGUCUGAUUAUGACAACGGAAAUUCUGCGGAAUAUGCUGUACCGCGGCAGCGAAAUAAUGCGCGAGGUGGGCUGGGUGAUCUUCGACGAGAUUCAUUACAUGCGUGACAAGGAACGUGGAGUGGUGUGGGAGGAGACACUCAUCCUAUUGCCCGACAAUGUUCGCUACGUCUUUCUCUCGGCCACCAUACCGAAUGCUCGACAGUUUGCCGAAUGGGUUUGCCACCUGCACAAGCAGCCCUGCCAUGUGGUCUACACGGAUUACAGACCCACGCCGCUGCAGCACUACAUCUUCCCAGCUGGAGGCGACGGCAUCCACUUGAUCGUGGACGAGAAGGGACAGUUCAAAGAGGAGAACUUUACCACAGCUAUGGCGGUGCUGGCCAACGCAGGUGAGGCAGCGAAGGGCGAUCAGAAGGGUCGCAAGGGUGGCAUCAAGGGCCACAAUGAAGGCCAAACAAAUAUUUUCAAGAUUGUCAAGAUGAUUAUGGAGCGUCACUUUGCGCCCGUCAUCAUCUUCUCGUUCAGCAAGAAGGACUGUGAGGUGUACGCUAUGCAAAUGGCCAAGCUGGACUUUAAUACGGUCGACGAGAAGAAACUGGUGGAUGAGGUCUUUAAGAAUGCCAUGGAUGUGCUCUCGGAGGAUGAUCGUCGCCUGCCGCAGGUGGAAAAUGUGUUGCCAUUGCUGCGUCGUGGCAUUGGCAUCCAUCACGGCGGACUACUCCCUAUUCUCAAGGAGACCAUUGAGAUUCUGUUUGGCGAGGGCCUGAUCAAGGCGCUCUUCGCGACAGAGACCUUUGCCAUGGGCCUGAACAUGCCGGCGCGUACAGUUCUGUUUACGGCGCCGCGCAAAUUCGACGGCAAGGACUUUCGGUGGAUCAGCUCGGGCGAGUAUAUCCAAAUGGCUGGACGUGCUGGUCGUCGUGGUCUGGAUGACAAGGGCAUCGUUAUACUGAUGAUUGAUGAGAAGGUCUCCCCGGUGGUGGGGCGUGAAAUUGUGCAGGGCCAAGCAGACACUCUUAACUCGGCCUUCCAUCUCACCUACAACAUGGUGUUAAAUCUGCUGCGCGUGGAGGAAAUCAACCCGGAGUAUAUGCUCGAGCGCAGCUUCUAUCAGUUCCAAAACCAGGCCACACUGCCCGGCCUAUACGAUCAGGUGCAGCAGAAGACACAGCAGCUGGAGAAAAUUAAGAUCAAGGACGAGCACAAUAUCGCCUCUUAUCAUAACAUCCGCGACCAGCUCGAGAUCUACGGCAACAAGUACCGCGAGUGGAUGACCAAGCCACAGUAUCUGGCGUCCUUUCUGCAGCCAGGGCGACUGGUAAAAGUCUCGGCUGGCAAGCACGAGUAUGACUGGGGUCUGGUAUUGAACUUUAAGAGGAAGCAAGAUCUAAGUCGCAGGAACCCAUUGGAGAGUGAACCGGGCAUUGUCAUCGAUGUGCUGCUCCAUGUCAGCGAGGAGUCGGCCAAAACAGGCGACACCGAGCCCUGUCCGCCCAACGAGCGUGGCUGCAUGGAGGUUGUUCCCGUAUCCAAUUCCCUCAUCACCCAAAUUAGCUCGAUACGCGUCUACUUUCCCAGCGAUCUGCGUACGGCUGACAAUCGCCGGGCCGUGUUGAAGACCAUACAGGAGGCGAAGAAACGAUUCCCACUCGGACCACCCUUGCUCCAUCCCAUCAAGGACAUGAACAUUAAGGAUGACGAAUUCCGCAAAAUCAUGGACACAAUCGCACAGUUCGAGCAGCUGCUCGAGGCGCAUCCCUUGCACAAGUCGCCGGAGCUGGAUCGCAUUCACAAGCGCUACAUUGAGAAGCUAAAGCUGCAGAAUGAGGUGAAGGGCCUCAAGGCAGAGCUGAAAGCUGCCCGCAGCUUGCUGCAAAUGGACGAGUUGAAAUUCCGCAAACGUGUGCUCCGGCGCAUGGGCUACUGUAAGCCGGGCGAUGUCAUCGAGUUCAAAGGUCGCGUUGCCUGCGAGCUGAGCUCCGCGGAUGAGCUGCUCAUCACUGAAAUGAUAUUCAAUGGCGUCUUCAACGACCUCACCGCUCCGCAAGCUGUGGCGCUGCUCUCCUGCUUCGUCUGCGACGAGAAGUCCAGCGAGGCGCCAAAGAGCGCCACCGAGCUGUCCGGCCCGUUGCGCUCCCUGCAAAGCUUGGCGCGUCGCAUUGCCAGGGUGUCCACCGAAUGCAAGCUGAAUCUGGAUGAGGAGAGCUAUGUGGAGAAGUUCAAGCCCUACCUAAUGGACGUUGUGUUGGCCUGGUGCAACGGCUCCAGCUUCUUGAAUGUCUGCAAAAUGACGGACAUCUUUGAGGGCUCCAUCAUUCGGUGCAUGCGGCGUCUGGAGGAGCUGUUGCGUCAGCUCUGCCAGGCAUCCAAGACGAUUGGCAACACAGAUCUGGAGAACAAGUUCUCCGAAGGCAUUCGACUGCUCAAGCGCGACAUUGUCUUUGCUGCCUCGCUCUAUCUAUAGAUUAGUUUUUCUUACUUUUGCUACGAAUGAAAAAUUUGCAAAUAUUUUACAAAUGAAUGAGAUAUGAUAUAUAU